AGCCGCGGGUAUACAGGAAUACAACAAUAACCUCGUCCAAAACUUGCAGACGACGGUGGUCGCCACCGUUUCCCACCAACCUCUUCUCUAUACAUACACAUAUUUCACUUGUAUCUGUAUAUAUAUCUCUAUAAUUCUACUCUAUAUUCUAUAUACUCAUCAUAUAUGGAUACACACACUCCUUUUCCAAACAAACGCCUCUUUGACCAUUCAACUGUUGACCAUCCUUCUUCAGCCUCCAAACGCCGUCAUCACCACAACCACCACCACCACCAUCUCCCAUCAUCUCCGGCCACACCUCACAACAAUCCAUUUCGAAACCCUAUCAAACUCUCUCCAGGAGAAACUCUGUUUCGCAUCCUCUGCCCUAGCUCAAAAACCGGCGGCCUUAUCGGUAAAGGCGGCUCCGUUAUCCGUCAAGUACGCGAAGAAACCGGCGCUAAGAUUCGUAUCGAUGAAUCUAUUCCAGGUUCUGAAGAGCGUGUCAUAUAUAUAGUUGCAUCUGAUUGUAGUAAUAACAGUAAGAAUGAUAGUAGUAAUGAUAGUAAUAGUAAGAAUGAUAGUAGUGAAAAAAUCGAUGGUGAGAAUGUGGAAUUUAGGAGUGGAGAGGGGUCGGAAUCGUUAGCGCAAAAGACGUUAUUGAGGAUUUUUGAGAGGAUAUUGAAAGUGGAUGAAGAGAGGAAUAAGGUGGUGUUGAAAGAGGAGAAUGAGAAUGAGGUUGGGGAAGGAGGCAGUGCGGGUGAGGGAAUACCGCAGGGGCCGGUUGUGUGUAGGUUGUUGGCUGGGAGUAAUCAGAUAGGAUGUGUGCUUGGGAGGGGUGGGAAGAUUAUCGAAAAGAUUAGGCAGGAGAGUGGUGCUCAAGUUAGGGUUUUGCCGAAAGAUCAGCUUCCGGAUUGUGCUUCCCCUGGCGAUGAGUUGAUUCAGAUGGCUGGAAAGUUUUUAGCAGUGAAGAAAGCCAUUCUAGCCGUAUCAAGCUGUCUUCAGGAAGCAGGCAACUCUGUUAGUAACAAGCCUGUGGGAAUGGUGCCUCAUGGAUAUGGUAAUGAACCCCACCACAGGAUGGGCAUGGAAGAAGAAGUUGUAUUUAGAUUGUUGUGUCCAGCUGACAAAGUUGGGAGUUUGAUUGGUAAAGGGGGUUCCACCAGAAGAGCAUUGCAGGCAGAGACUGGUGCAUCUAUAAAAAUAUCAGAUCCAUCAGCCGAAUUAGAUGAACGGGUGGUUGUAAUAUCUGCACUAGAGAGUUUAGAGCAAAGGCAUUCUCCUGCGCAGGAUGCUGUUAUGCGGGUCCAUGGUAGAAUUGCUGAGAUGGGAUUUGAACCUGGUGUUGCCAUUGUUGCUAGGCUUUUAGUACACUCACGCCAGAUUGGUUGUCUAUGGGGUAAAGGUGGCAUGAUUAUUUCCGAGAUGAGAAGAGUUACAGGUGCUAGCAUACAGAUAUUUCCUAAGGAACAGAUUGCAAAAUACGCCAUGCCUGGUGAUGAAGUUGUGCAGGUGAUUGGCAGCUUACCGUGUGUUCAGGAUGCUUUGUUUCAAAUCACAGGCAGACUUCGUGAAACCGUGUUUCCUAUGAAACCAUAUUUCCCAAAUGCUUAUAUGGGUCCUUAUCCAGAAAUGCCACCACCUUCAUUCAGGCCAAGGCAUGAUCCUGAACAUCCACCUAUUGGGCCUUUUGAACCUCCACCUCCUUUUUUGCAUGGUGUAGAUCAUGUUCGUCCAGAUUAUUCAUAUUCUUAUGGCAACGAGCGACCAGGAUAUGGUCCCCCGGUCAACAGGCACUUCCAGUCAGGUAGCAACAGGUAUGCAGGUGAAAUGACUGAAUUUGAAGGGGGCUUUGCAAAAGUUAAUGACCCAAGUGGAAGGAAUGAAAUGUCAGGAAUGCAAAUCAUAAAUGUUGAGAUUGUGAUUCCUGAGAAUUAUUUGGGGUGUGUAUAUGGCGAGAACAAGAGUAAUCUAGGUCAUAUCAAAGAGAUAUCAGGUGCAAAGGUGGCGAUACAUGACGAAGGAGGGCUAGUGGUAUUGACGGGUACAGUGGAUGAAACUCAUACCGCUCAGUGCUUGCUGCACGCCUUCAUCCUUUGUGAGCAGCACCUAACCCGUGUUGGUUUGUGAGUGGAAAUGUAGAUUGUAGAAUACAAAACAGAAAUAUGAAGUUAAAUUGAGAAAAUGAAGUAACCAAUACAAUUAUUGCUUUUUUCAGAGAGUUUAUUCAAUAUAGUGAAUUGUGGGUUACUGGUUAAAAA